AUGAUCGUCGAUCCGGCUGUGCUUGCUGUUACUUUCCCUCACAAUAGAAAAUUGCAUUUCUGGGCAAAAAAUUCUCUUUUCGCUAAUAAGUAUACAAGACCUAUUUUAGUGGGUGGAGGUGUUGUCCCAGUGGAUCGGGCUACAAAGAAUAACAAAGCAUUAUUCGCUGCUACAUUGGAGGCUGCAUUGGAGUAUGCUUCGCAAAUCACGCAGCAAGACAAUACUGAAGAAUCAAAUAGCGACGAUGAUAUUGUCAUUAUCAAAAAGCGAAAUGAAAGACAAAUUAUAAUCAUUCCAUACGGUUCUCCCAUACAAAUCGAUCCGUAUCUUAAGGAUUUCUCUCUUGAUAAUCGGGUCACAGUUAAAGCAUUGACAAAACGCAUUGAGUCUGAAAUAGAAAAAUUAACAAUAAAUGCUUCUAAUUGGGAGAUUUCUAAUGCUGCUUCAAUGACUCGAAUGCUUUAUUUUUCUGAUGACAAACGUGUUCCACUUGAAGAUUAUGUAAAAGUUACACAAAGAUUAUUAUCGGCCCUUAGUGGUGGUAGAGGUAGUAAAUCAAGCGACAUGAUAGAAAAUCUUGUAGCAACACGUAGGCUAUGUUUAGAUAAUUUAAGGAAAGUCAGUGAAGAUUAUAGAAGUAAAAGUGAUGAUCUAAGAUUAGCAUUAGAGAUCAGUGAAAGAGAACAAUUAAGUGAUGGGCUUGAUAAAAAAUCAGCAUAA